AUGGCUGCACCUCAUAUUUCCGGCAUCGUGGCUCUCCUUAAAUCCAUGCAUCCCACUUGGUCACCCGCCGCCAUUAAAUCGGCCCUCAUCACCACUGCACAAGAAAAAGACCCCUUGGGGGCGCCCAUUUUGGCUGAGGGCUCUCCUCCCAAGUUGCCCGAUCCAUUUAACUACGGCGGCGAAUUGGUGAACCCUAAUGCCGUCGCAGACCCAGGCCUCAUCUAUGAUCUAGCCAUUGCAGACUGCGUUAAGUACUACCUGUGCGGCAUGGGGUAUAAGACCUCACAUAUUUCCCAGCUAAUGAAGCAGAAAAUAGGGUGCCCGUUACAAAGGCCAUCGGUAUCAGAUUUGAAUUUACCGACCAUUACAGUACCAGCUCUCAGAAACUCCACCACCGUGACUCGUACGGUGACGAAUGUGGGAAAGUCGAGCUCGAUGUACAGGGCAGUGAUUCGAGCCCCACCCGGCACGAGGGUGAGCGUGGAGCCCCGAGUGUUGGUGUUCAACUCCAGAGUGAAGAAGAUUUCAUUUAAGGUUACCAUUUCCGCUGUGCUCCAUAUGAAUUAUGGGUACUCUUUUGGAAACUUAAUUGGGAGCGAUGGAGUGCAUCCUGUCAAAACUCCCCUAUCUUCAAAUUGA